CCCAAACAUGGACUUUUUUUGGGUAUGUUUUCUAUUGUAUUCUAAUUGUAGUCUAUUCUAGUUGUAUUCUAAUCUUUUUCAAUGAAUUCCCGUGAGCGAGGCAAGAUUUUGCACCCACCUUGCUCCAUGGACUCGCUGCUGCUGCUGCCGCCGCUGUUGCCGCUUCCGAUGCGCUCCCCUGGUAGCCGUCCAGGCGAGUCGGUCUCCCCUAGCUAGAUCCCGCCGCCCCUGGAAUCUCCGGGAAGAGGGUCGCAGCCAUGCCGAUGCACCCGGUCACGUCCACGCUCAUGUACCGGGGCGUGUGCACCAUCCCGGACAUCCUCUCCUACCGCCCCCCGGUCAACCUGCCCGAGGACGAGGUGGAAGAGAUCCGCGAGGCGUUCAAAGUGUUCGACCGCGACGGCAACGGCUUCAUCUCCAAGCAGGAGCUGGGCAUGGCCAUGCGCUCCCUUGGAUACAUGCCCAACGAGGUCGAGCUCGAGGUCAUCAUACAGCGACUGGACAUGGAUGGCGACGGCCAGGUGGACUUUGAGGAGUUUGUCACGCUGCUCGGCCCCAAGUUGACGGCGGCCGCCAUGCCCGACAAGUUCAACGGAACUGACUUUGACUCGGUUUUCUGGAAGUGUGACAUGCAGAAGCUUACGGUAGAGGAGCUGAAGCGUCUGCUGUACGACACCUUCUGCGACCACCUGUCCAUGAAAGACAUCGAGAACAUCAUCAUGACCGAGGAGAACCACAUGGUGAACCCCGAGGACUGCCAGGUGGACAUCGACAGUUCCAGCCCCACGCAGCAGGUCAAGCAGACCUGCGUGCGCAAGAGCCUGAUCUGCGCCUUCGGCAUCGCCUUCAUCAUCAGCGUCAUGCUGAUCGCCGCCAAUCAGGUGCUGCGCAGCGGCAUGAAAUAGUCAAUCGUUUGCAAGACUUAACGGACAACAAAAACUCUACGGACGUAGGGGCUUCAAAGACACAUGGACCACAUAUGGCUCCAACGCCUGGUCAUCGUGUGACGUCUUUUGUGCGUAUGCGUGCGAGUGUAAUACAGUACAGUGAACCCCCGUUUAUCGCAGGGAUAUAUCACUGACCCACCCACAAAAGGUGAAAAUCACACAAUAGAGAAAAGACUUGAAGCAAAUCUCAGUCUCAGCUUAAUGCUAACAUGUCAUAGGAAACGUCAUAGACAGGCUAAAGUCAUUAGCAUUGAGUUCUUGGUAAUUGAAAAUAAACUUUGAACACAAAUGCUACCUCACACACGCACCCAAAUUCAAAAGAAUGACAACAUCGAAAGCAACCGAGGCUCUUACACUUCGACAAAUUGAGAUUUGGCUGUGUGCUGUAAAAAAAAAACAAUACAAAAUAUGACUGCUUAAUAGUGUGCAAUCGAACAUGGGUUCACUGUACUGCUGUGCCUCCCAAGGCUGCAGGGGGCGCCAUUGAUGGACAAACAGCAGCAAACGGGAAUAACCUCAUCUAUGCAUGUUAUGCAUGGACUUCAGCGACCAUGUGUUUGUAUACCCGUCAGCGUUUACAUCAUUAUCACACCAACUGUGUAUUAAUGCUAAACUGUGAGCCAGUGUGCUUGUGUGUGUAUGUGUGUGUGCGCGUCAGAAUGUAUUGCGAACGAGCAAUAAACAAAGAGAGCGUUCAGCAGCGUUCCAACCACUCAUCUUAAAAAUAAAGCAUCAAAUGAAUAUUUUGGCAAUACAAUAGGGUUGGGACACCCAUAAAUGUGGCAAUAAAUCACAAGCACAUCUUUGAAACAACCUGAUUCCAAUUGGCUAACAGGCUAAUUGCUAACAUGUCCUGUAAACUCGUAUGUAUUUACACGGACAACACGUACCGUGAAGUUGACAUAUGCCAAUUCAAUGCUAACAUGUAAUAACCACUGCUAAAAUUACUAACGGUCACAUUGAGAACACGUGACUAAGCUCACACAUGCUAACAAGAGGGCUAAAUGUGCUAGCAUGUGCUAACAUGCACUAAAAUGUAACAUUAACUUACAUGUACAACAAAUGCCCCAAACAGGCAUGCUAAUACAAUGCUAACUUGUGCUAACAUUCGCACAUGUUCCCAUAUGCUAAUAUUAACUGACAUAUCUACAACACAUGCCACCAUGUUCACACGUGUGCUAGAUGUAAAUAAGUAAACAAUCUCCUUGGCAGAGGUAAUGUCAUCUCCAACACAUGGUUCCCAUUUUGCACUUUACAACUCGCUGCAGCGCACAACUAAAACAAGUGACCGCCAUGAUUGUCCCACACAUACAAUGUGAUGAAUUAGUAAUAAAUAGUUAAUUUACUGCCUUAUCAUUUUCUUGAUACUUGUCAUCAUACAAAAAAAAACAUCCACACAUUAAGACAGUGUGGAAGUUUUCAGUGUAUUCCUGUUUCUGAGGGGACGUGACUUGCUGUCUUAUUGGCUGUUAGCAUUUA